AGAAGAAAACACACUUUAUGCCUCAUUCUGACGAAACAAAUACGAAAGCGGUGCAUCAUUGUUGUUGUGUGUAUUUUUGUAUUGUGUCGGUCGAUGAAAGAGAUCAAGAUCAAGAUAUACCGAUAGAAACUUGUUGAAAACAUCAAGCAGGUAGUCAAUAAAUCUCCCAAGGAUACCUUGAAGAAUUCGCACACCAUAACGCAACUGCACGAAAUUAAUGCCAGUGACAGCAUCAGAGGCGGCCAUGUCUGACGCCGGCGGCCGAGAGCGGCCCCUGUCGGCCGCUUUCGAAGAAGACGCCGCGUUCGCCGCCGAAAUCUCUGCCGCCAUGCGCGUGCCAAAGCGCAUCCACGUCACGGGCGAGGGUGACGACGACUUCACCUCCGGCGCACGAAACGGCGGCACGAACGGCUCGUCGGCGUCGGCGCUGGGCGCGCGCAUGAUGACCGUGCCCGACCGGAUCGUCGUUCUCGGCGGGGAGCGUCACGGUGCCGGCGGCGGUCCUCCGCGCGAGCUGGUCCUGGAGCGUGCCUCCCAGCCGCCGGCCGGCCGAGACUGGGCCGUGGAGUCUCCGCCGCGUGUGCUGCGAGUCGACGAACAUCUGCGACCUCCCGAAGAGCCUCCGACUCCAGUGGGAGACGAUGAAGGAACCCCCGAGCGGCGCGGCUUCGGCCGCGGUGCCGGAGAUCGUAGUGUGGUUCUCCGUGAUCAGUUCUCUCCGCCCGCCCCGCCUGGUUUUCUGAGCGCCUCGGAAGAGCUGGAGCUACUCCGACGUCAGCUCCUGAAGGUGAACCGGCGUCUGAUGCAGAUUGAGGUAGAGAACCAGCGACGCCGCUCACGGGAGGUGAUGUUGUAUACGGCCGGGGCUGCCUACUUCCUCAUCAAGGUGAUGCUCUGGAUGGGAAGGAUGUGACGUGAAGGACGUUAGACGGUGACGUGGUUGACGGUGAGGAUAUGUGAAGAGGCUGGACGGGCUGUUGUUUCAGUGGGGUACUGAAUGAGAGCGUAUCGAAAUGGGUCUGAGUGAACGGCAGGGAGUGCCUGGUUGGGCGAACUUUGCCUGUCGAAGCGGUGAGAGCAGUGUGUUGAGUGUGGUCAUUACAGGCGUGGUAUGAGUAUGAUGAUUCUCAGAGGGGCGUAAGACUAGAUGCAAAGAACCGUUCGCUGGUGAAUCAAGCCUAGGCUCGAGGCGGCUGAUUGACGAGGACAUUCAUUUUGGAGUGUUGACGCUUGCUGAGACGGGAUUGGUUCAGCCAUCUGGUAUAGUCCACUGACCACUCUACGAGAUGACCACUGACCAAUAACCAUGGGAGACUAUCCGCUACCAGCACGGCUUCAACGAAACCCUGGGGCCGGUUUCAGUACCGUGUCUGCCUGCUCGCCUCCUUCCGACAACCGCUGUACUGGCGCCUGACCGGACCCGUGACAGGUAGCGGCCGCUGAGACUGCUGGCAUGUCUUUGAACUUAACAGGAGCCGCUCCGCUGUGUUCGGUGCGCGCGUGGGUGCUUGGAAGUCACAAGAUAACGCGUGUUGGUGUGUGUGUCUUGAUGUCAGAGAGGGCUAUUAACUGGGUUGAGUUUAGUCCGGCGUUGGCAUUUUUGACGCCGUAGUGAUAUUUUGGGGGUUGUUGGUGAUCAAUGAGGCCAUUUACCUCGUAAGUCGUAAGUGUACAGUUUGUGAAGAACUACCGAGAGGAAAAGUGAGGCUUGUUAAAAAGGACUCAGAUGAAAUGUUUGGCCGUGUGGCGGUACAUGGCUAGAUACGCGACCACGCGGUGGUUGCCAGGAAGGGACGUGGGGGCGCCGUCAAUCUUUCAUUUUUAGUGUCAGUCAGGGCAUUGAGGAGUGGCAACAACGAGUAUGUAAUUGAUUCAAUUUCGAGGUGGCGAACCUGAGAAGCAUCAUGAUGAGGCUCAUUUAAACGACAGAGAAGCGUGCAAUGUUUCAGUGAUUCUCCGCUCAUAAGGCUCGUUUGGUGCGGAGAAGUUUUCACAUCUCAUUCACACUGGUGUGGCGUUUUUUCUUCUUUUAUUUAGCCAAACAUGCCGCUCUCUGAUAGAGGAUUCAGUUACGACUUCGCACAUAGGUACUUAUUGUUUCGUCGCUGCUUUGUAACCUGUGAGCUGUUGGUAACGGUCCCUCCGCCGCGUUUUGUGUGGUCUCCUCCAGUGGCGGACAUAUGAUGCACUUUGUUUUGAUUGAAUGAGCGCAGUGAUGCGAAUGUGUGCCCGUAUAAUGUCGUACCGUAUACUGAAUACAUGUAACGAGGCUAUCGAA